GAGCCGAAGUUCCCCCAGAGGAAGGAGCGGGACCCGCGCGUGGGGGCGGGCGGGGGCUGCAGCGGCAGGUCGGCGCUUCCGGACCUGGCGGCAGCAGCUGUAGGCUCCGCGGUGGCGGUGGCUAGGGAGGGGGCGUCUCUGCUGCUCGGGCCGGAGCGACCCUGCCGGCUGCGCUCGCCCCCGGGCUCCACCUGCCCCGCGGAGAGGGAAGCAACGGGCCGCGCCCAGCAGGGGGACGAUGACGAGACCCUCAGAAAAUACAAAGGACAUUCUGGUGAUUUACGAAGAAGAGGCAGAAGAAUGGGCUCUGUAUUUAAAAUCGCUUUUCAAACACAUUAUAAAGGAAGAAGGAAUCUUACUUUACAACCUAGAGACUUUAUCUUUUCAGCAUCUGGGGUCACACUCUCUAUCCUGUUAUAGAUGUAAACUGCUCAUACUAUCAAAUGGACUUCUAAAAUGCUUGGAUCAAAAGAGAAGAUAUUUCUUGGACAGGGUCCUUGAGCCUCCAGGUAGGGUAGUGAUUCUACUUUGUGGGGUGGAGAACUCAGACGUUCUACAUGAGAUACUGACCUUAGACCAAAGAAGCCAAGAGAUCUCCACCGAUCAGGAUCCCGAGGAAUAUCUCUCCAUUGUUGCUGGUGUUAUUCAACAAGAUGAACCACAAAAUGAAGACGCCGAGGAGUCACUGUCUUGCAUCUAUGAAACAGUUCUUGCAGAUGAUUACCAAGAUCACUCUGAAGUUAACUUGCAGUUGGAUGAAGGAGGAGUAUCAGUGAAAACAGAUGUGAGUGUGGAAAGUGAGGUAGUUUCUGAAACGUUGGAAACUAUAAGACCAUCAGUAUUGGUGCUACCAGAAAGGAUAUCAUGUGAGAACCCUGGUGAAAUAUUCAUUCUUUUGAGAGAUGACAUAACUGAAACUGUAGAAAUUGAAUUCAUAACGGACAAUCAACGAAUUAGGACACAGCCAGCCUUUUGGAAUCAGAAGGUCAGAUGCAUGAAAGCUUUAGAUUUUCCGGCUGGCCCUGUAAAUGUAAAUGUCUACUGUGGGGGAGUCAAUAAGGCCGUGACACAGAUUGAAUACUACACAGCAGUAGAGGAGAUUGAACGCAUAUUUAAAAAAGUGGCUGAUCCAAUAGCUUUUGCUUGUCAGGCUUUCAAGUUUUCUUCUGUGGAGAAGCUUGACAGUACUCUGACCUUCUUACUGAAAAGCAAGGUAUCUGCUUAUGAAUUCAGCGCUUUCCCGAAUGAAGUGCACCAUCAACAAGCUAAUUCCUAUUGGGAAGAGCUUCCUACACUUCUCCACUGUGCAGCUAAAUUUGGAUUAAAGAACCUUGCUACUCUUCUACUCCAAUGUCCUGAGACAAGUCAGGCUUGCAGAAUAGCCAACAAACAUGGAGAGAAACCAGCACAUAUUGCUGGAAAGCACGGGCACAACGAACUCCAAAAAAUCAUCCAAGAAUUGUCAGCUGAAGAAAGCCCUAGUUCCAACUCUGAGCCAUAUUGA